UGCAGCUUCGUCCUCGUCUGGAUCUCCUCUCUGCUCCCCCCGGCCAGGAAAGCGAGUGAGAAUAACAGGAAAAGGGAGUCGGCUUGGAGCUGCCGGACGGCCCAGCUCCACAUUUCUGUGUGCCGGAGGAACAAAGCGCAGCAGAGGCUCUGAACCUGUUGGAUUCAACACAUCUGGAGCUGAGAGCUGCACAUCUGGAGCUGCUGGAGUCCAGUUUCUGUCCAGGAAAGGAUUUUGUUCUGAGGAGGAAUCACCUGCUGGACCAGGAAACCUCCAGGAUCUGAUUUCAUUUUCACACCGGAGCUUCUGCCUGAGAUGAUGCCCCGGAUCCAGCUGUGGCUGCUGGCCUUCGCUCUCCUGGUGGAGGCGGCCGCCAUCGUGAAGAAGGAACGCCACCCGGUGCUGGUCCGGCAGAAGAGGGAGUGGAUCUGGAACUCUCUGUACGUGGAGGAGGAGAAGCCGGCGCCCAUCGCCUACAAGAUCGGACAGCUGAAGUCCAGCCAGCGGGUGGAGGUGAAGAGGUUCAAGAUCGAGGGCGAAGGAGCCAACAGCAUCUUCACGGUGGACCAGAAGGGAGACCUGUUCGUCACCACGUCUCUGGACCGCGAGGAGAAGAGCUCGUACCACCUGACGGCCCGCAUGUACGACGGAAACAACAAGCUGAUUGAAGACUCUGGAGACUUUGUGGUCCAGGUGACCGACAUCAACGACAACCGGCCGGUGUUCCCCAGGACCUACAACGGAUCCAUCAUGGAAAGGUCCACCAUCGGAACUAAGGUGGUGGAGGUGAGAGCGACCGAUGCUGAUGAUCCGACCACCGCUAAUGGGGAGCUACGCUACUCCCUGACCCAGGACGGAGACGUCUCGGCCUUCGAGAUCGACAGCAUCACAGGUGUGAUCAGCUGCAGGAUCAGCUCUCUGGACCGGGAGAGCCGAGGUCAGUACGUGGUGGUGGUCAGAGCUCAGGACAUGAGAGGGAUGUCUUCAGGCAGCACGGCGACCACCUCGGUCAGCAUCAGCAUCACUGACACCAAUGACAACAUGGCCUCCUUCACCAGGAAGACCUUCGAGCUGCAGCUUCCUGAAGACCACAAGCUCAACGAGAAGAUGGGAACCCUGCAGCUGGAGGACCGAGACCAGAUCCAGAACAAGGAGCCCAUCUUCUCCAUCCACGGAGACAGCAGCAAGAUGUUCAGCCUGGAGCUCAGCCCCAGCAAGGACGGGAACCUGCUGCUCAGACAGCCUCUGGACUUUGAGACAACCAGCAGUUACAGUUUUACCGUCCAGGUCAGAGAAAACCUGAGAAACCUUCGAUUUCCUGCCGACAACGUGAACAGCGCCGUGACCUCAGCACAGGUGAACAUCAAGGUGCUGGACGUAGAUGAGCCUCCGGUCUUCUCUCAGUCCAUCUACACCUUCACCGUGAUGGAGGAGAUGAACGUCAACAACAUCGGGUCCAUCUCAGCUAGAGAUCCAGACAAAGCUGCCAAAAGUAUCCGAUACUCCAUCCUGGACAAGGACUGUCCCAUCUCCAUCAACCCUCUGACCGGCCAGCUGUCCACCCUGAGGAGACUCGACCGAGAGCUGGAGGCCACGCACAUGUUCCAGGUCAAAGCCCAGGAGGAGCCCACCGGUCUGGAGUCCUUCGUUAAAGUCAACAUCAUCAUUCAGGACGUGAACGACAACCAGCCGGAGCUUUCUGUGGACGAGAUCUUCGUAUGUGAGAACGAUGCCACCAAGACGGUGAUCGGGACUCUUCGGGCCUCAGAUAAAGACGACCGCCCGGCUUCCUUCUCCUUCGCUUUGGCCUCAGAAAGUUCCAACUUCUCCAUCAGAGACUUCGGCAACGGCUCGGCAGAUAUCUUGGUCAAACAGGGUCCGUUCAGUCUGGACGACCCCAAAGACUACAGUGUGGACGUACGCAUCAGCGACGGAGGACAGCCAAUCCAGUCCAGCGUUACUAAACUGGCCAUCAAGUCGUGUCGCUGUGAUGCCAGAAGGAUUCCUGUUCAGUGUAAAGCUGGAGCUCGGAGGAUGGGAGUCAGUGUCCACGCUCUGAUCGCCAUCCUGCUCUGCAUCCUCACCAUCCUGGUGAUCGUGAUCCUGUUUGUGAUGAGGAAACGCUACCAGAAAGACUCUUUAUCCAACAUGAAGAACAGCGGAGAGAUCCAUGAACAGCUGGUAACGUACGACGAGGAGGGAGGUGGCGAGAUGGACACCAACGGCUACGACGUUUCCAUCCUCAGCUCGGCUUGCAAUGACGGCUCUCUGCUGCGCCACCAGAACCAGAACCAGAGGCUCUACGCCCUGGUCCAGAAGCCCAGCCAGCAGCCGGCCUGUAAGGGCGACAUGGCCGCCAUGAUCGAGGUGAAGAAGGACGAGGCGGACCACGACCGGGACUGCUUCCCCUACGACACGCUGCACAUCUACGGCUACGAGGGGCCCGAGUCCCUGGCCGGGUCCCUCAGCUCCCUGGACGGCUCCUCCACCGCCUCCAACCUGGACUACGACUUCCUCAGCGACUGGGGCCCCAGGUUCAGGAGCCUGGCCGAGCUGUACGGGGCCGAGGAGGGCCCCGACUUCUACCAGCAGUACUGACCAGGAGGAGCCGUUAUUUACCGUUAUUUAGAGAUCACAACCAGGGGGAGCUCUACGGCAACCUCUCAGCCAAUCAGACGGCUUCAUUUCUCACUCUCAGCCAAUCAGAUGGCUUCAUUUCUCCCUUUCAGCCAAUCAGGCGGCUUCAUUUCUCACUCUCAGCCAAUCAGACGGCUUCAUUUCUCCCUCUCAGCCAAUCAGACGGCUUCCUUUCUCCCUCUCAGCCAAUCAGACGGCUUCCUCUCGUCCAUUCCAUUAUUUUCCAGCUGUGACUGUUUUUGAAACCAAACCAGGUAAAAGUUUAUCUCAGCCUCUGAACUCCAGCAGUUUAUUUACUUCUGUCUCUUUUUUCUUCGCUGUGACUCAUUUUUCUCUACGGAAACGAAAAAAAAAAUCAACAUUUUUCCAAACUGUGCUGUAGAUAUUUAGUUGUUUUCUGCUGUUCAGCUGAAAACUCUCUGAAUUUUUGUCCCCUGGCCAUCAGUCACACCUCAGUCAGUGAAGGCUUCACGGAUGCAUAAAGAAGCUCAGAAUUUUUUUGUUUUUCACAGAUUCUGGUUUGAGUAAACUCUUUUUUUUCUGUGAAUUUUUAUAUGAGACAUGUUGAAUAUCUACGGGAAAAAAAUGUGAGUAUUUUAUGACUAACAUUUCCGAUUCAUUCCAUAUUUGCUUCCAUACGUACACUUCCUGCAGUUCAGCUGAAAACUGGAUGAAUUUUUGUCCGUUGGCUUUCAGUCACAGUCGACUCGGUCAUAGUUUCACGGAUGCACAAAGAAAUUUAGAAUUUUUCCUUUUUUUAAAAAAUCUAUUUUGAGCAAACACUUUGUUUUUGGUGAUUUUUUUUUUUAUAAGAAACAUGUAGAAUAAAUGGAUUUUGAUGAAAUAUCACAGUUAUAAGUUAAAAUUUGUUUAAAAAAAUGUGGAAUCAGCUCACACAGCACUGGAAAAAAUAUCCAUAAAAACCCACAUACUAUAAAUAUUUAAUCUUUUUAAUUUUUAUGUCUGUACUUGCUUCUAUACGUACACCGCCUGCAGUCCAGCUGAAAACUUCCUGAAUUUUUGCCACCUGACUGUUGGUCACGACUGACUCGUGGUUUUAUGGUUGUGUUGAGGAUCUUAGAAUUUUUUGUUUUACAGAAUCUGGUUUGAAUAAACGCUUUAUUUUCGGUGCAUUUUUAUAUGAGACACGUCGAAUAUCUACCAGAAAAAAAUGUGAAUUUGUUCCAUACCUGCUUCCGUACUGACACUUCCUGCAGUUCAGCUGAAAACUCUGAAUUUUUGUCCCUUGGCUAUCGGUCACACCUCGAUCAGUGAAGGUUUCUCGGAUGCACAAAGAAUCUCAGAAUGUUUUGUUUUUCACAGAAUCUGGAAGCAGAAAGCAGAACAUUUUUGGUGAAUUUUUAACUGAGACCAACGGCUUUGAAGAAAAUCUGUAUUUUUAUCCUGGAUUUGCUUCAUUUUCUGAUCAGCGGAACAUAAAACACACAAUGAGUUCAAGGACUGUUGGAAAUCUGAAGCUUCUGUCUGUUUCUACAGUCUGAUAAACGUUCUAGUGAUUUUUUGUGUUUCUGGGCUUCAGACUCAAUGAGACAUUUAACUCCUUAAAUAUGAAACUCUACUCAGACCUGAGAUCUGAACAUAAACCACUUUAUUAUUUUCAUUAUUUUUAUUUUCGUGUUCUGGAGUCCUGCUGCUGAUGCUGAAAGCUGCGACUGAAAGCAGAUUCUUAUUGAUCCGGUCCAGCUCUGACGUGUUGUUUUCUGGUUUCUGUCGAGGCGUCUUCAUGGGUUCUAGACGUUAAGCUGAAGGUUUCUCUGAGGGUUUCUUAUGUUUCAUGUCAAACACCAGAGAGACGGGCUUUAUUCUGUGAUCGACUCGCUUCUCCAGUCCUGACGUCGGAUCAAGACUUUGACCAGAAAAAUCUCCCAUAAGAAGCUUCACUUACAAAUGAAAUCAUUCCACCUUAAAUCUUCAGGAACCUUCUGCUCUGAUUUACUGGAAACUCUUUUAUCACAGGUGAUGAAUAUUUAAAGUGAGAUCUGUGGAACUUUAGCUUCAUAAACCGUAAUAUAUUCAACAACAUCUCAGGAACUAUUAAUGAUAAAAAUCUGAAAGUUUCUCUCUUAUUCAUCAUCAUGUCACUGAUUUAAGAAUCUGGAAUAUCUAAGUCAACCCAAAGGCCACAUAAAUUGAAUAAAAUGUGAUUUAAAUCGGCCAAAAAGUGUCAUAAAUUGAAUAAAUCAACCAAAAUUUUAUAUAAAUCAACCAAAAGACGACAUAGAUUGAAUAAAACAUGGUGUAAAACUACCAAAAUCAACCAAAAAGUGACAUAAAUUCAAGAAAUUUAACAAACUUUUAAAUAAAUCUACCAAAAGGUGACAUAAAUUGAAUAAAACGUGCCAUAAAUCAAAUAAAAAGCAUCAUAAAUUGAAUAAAACAACCAAAAUGUAAUAUAAAUCAACCAAAAGAUGACAUAAAUUGAAUAAAAUGUGACGUAAAACUACCAAAAUCAACCAAAAAGUGACACAAAUUCAAUAAAACAUGAUGUAAAUUGACCAAAGUUUCACAUAAAUCGACCAAAAUGUUAAAUAAAUCGACCAAAAUGUGACAUAAGUUCAAUAAAAUGAGACGUAAAUGGGCCAGACUUUUACAUAAAUUGAAUAAAACGUGACAAAUCGACCAAAAUGUUCCAGAUAUCUGCCUAAAUGUCCGUUUUUGAUGCAUCAGAGCAGAAAAAUGUGGAUAUUUCUGAGCUUUGUGUUGGUUUCUCCUGACAGGAAACAGAAUUAGUCAGUUACAGUUUUAUUGGACAGAAAUGUCGUCACGUUGUCGUGGAGAUGGAGGUUGAACUCGUUGAGACGCUCAGGAAGCUCCGAUGGCUUUAACCUCCUUUAACCUCCCAUCCUCUGAGCUUUAGAGUCUCUCUCCCUCCAGGAAACCGACUCUCUGCUCGUCUCCAACGUCACACUGUUCAGAGUUUUAGCAGGAAAACGAGCCAGGAAUCCGUUUAGGAACAUUAGAAAAUGUGGCAGGAACCGAAGAAACAGAACAUUUAAGAACCUGGAACCAGUCAAUUAGCAGAUUAACGAUCUGUUCUGGGUUUUAUGUCAUCCACAAUGUUCCAUCAAAACCACUUCAUUCUACAUCUUUUUUUAAAAAUCCAACCGGAUACUGUAAAAAGUCUAAUAUUUUCUGUUUAUUUGGUUCAACGAUGAAGGAAUCAGACUCAGCUGCAACAAAACGUCUGACUUUUCAGGUGAACUCAGUUUGUAGAUUUUACCAACCAGAAUAAAAUGCUGUCUCUAUUUAUUAUAGAUAUUUAAAUACUUAUAUUUUGAAUUAUUUUACAUCCUCGACCCAAAAGUCGCCCCGAAUCGAUGAAAACAUGAUGAUAAUGAACCACAUUAUGACGUAAACUGACCAGCAUGUGAUGGAAAUCCACUAAAACGUUAAAUAAAUCAACCAAAAUGUGACGUUUGUCGACCAAAUGGUGACAAAAAUCAACCAAAACCCAAACAGGAAGUGAAUAUAACUAAACGUGACAUAAAUUCAAUAAAAUGUGUCAUAAAUUGAUCAAAAUUUUACAGAAAUUGAAUAAAAUGUGACAUAAAUCAUCCAAAAUGCCAUAUAAAUUGACCAAAAAGUGACAAAUUCAAUGAAUCAACCAAAAUUUUAUGUGAAUCAACCGAAAAGUGACAUAUAUUCAUUAAAACGUGAUGGAAAUGAACCAAAAUUUCAUGCAAAUUGACCAAAAAGUGACAUAAAUUGAAUAAAAAUUGAUGUAAAUCAAUCAAAAUGUAACAUUAAACCAAAAUUUUACAUAAAUUGAAUAAAAUGUGACAUAGAUCAACCAAAAUAUUAUGUAAAUCACCCAAAAAGUGAAAUAAAUUCAAUAAAACGUGACGUAAAUCAACCAAAAUUUUACAUAAAUCUACCCAAAUUUCAUGUAAAUCAACCAAAAAAAUGACAUAAAUCAAAUAAAUUUACCAAAAUUUUACAUAAGUCUACCAAAAGUUGACAAAUUGAAUAAAACAUGACGUAAUUUGAUCAAAUCUUAUGUAAAUCAAUCAAAAUUUUGUGUAAAUCAAUCAAAAAGUGACAUUAAUUGGAUGACUCACAAUGUGAAUCGACCAAAAUUUUAUGUAAAUCAACCAAAAAUGACAUAAAUUCAAUCAAAGGUGAUAAAAUAGACUAAAAUUUUACAUAAAUCGACCAAAAUUUUUAUGUAAAUCAACCAAAAGGCGACAUAAAUUGAAUAAAACGGGACAUACAACUACCAAAAUCAACCACAAAGUGACAUAAAUUGAAUAAAACAUGAUGGAAAUUCACCAAAAUUUCAUGUAAAUUGACCAAAUAGUGACACAAAUUCAAUAAAACGUGACAUAAAACUACCAAAAAUUUUACGUAAAUCAAAAAGUGACAAAUUCAAUAAAAUGUGACGUAAAUCGACCAAAACAUGCUGUAAAAUCACCUGAAACUGGUAUAAAACUGGAUUUAAUGCCACACCAAAGAAAAAACAUAAAGUGAAGCUGAAAUAAACAAAGACGUUGAAGCUGCAGCAUUUGAUUGAUCAACUAUUGAAUGAAUCUCCAUCUCUUUCAAUAAUCGAUCAGUUUGAGGGACUUUUAGUGAACAGACUGUAGAUUCUCUGGUUCCAGCUUCAUAAAUGUGACUUUUUUCUGUCAGUAAAUUGAAUAUUUUUGCAGUUUUCUGGACUAAAACUCUGUUCCUUGGGUCAUAAAGUCUUCCUAAAUCGUCCCGCUGUUUGUUCUGUUGUGUUUUUAGGUUUUAAAACUCUGAUUCUUUGAUCGUAAAGUCUUUCUAAAUGGUCGUGUUUUGAAGUUUUACGUCUAAAACCCUGAUCCUUCAGUCAAAAUAUUCUGUUGUGUUUUUACGUCUAAAACUGUGAUUCUUCGGUCGUAAACUCUUCCUAAAUCAUCCCGUUGUUUAUUCUGUUGCGUUUUUACGUCUAAAACUGUGAUUCUUUGGUCGUAAACUCUUCCUAAAUCAUCCCGCUGUUUAUUCUGUUGCGUUUGGACUCGACUCGCUGGAACUUGGCGAGAUAAACGUUGGGAACAAAAGCAGGAAGCUCUCAGCAUUUUCCUGUUUGCCACCGAAUCUCCUUGUCGGCUUUAAUCAGCGACUCCACUUCCUGUCCAUCUGUCGGCGCUGGCCCCGCCCCUUCCUGUCAACAUUGUGCUCACUUCCUGUUUGAGCGGCGAACCAAACAAUGAGCUGAUGAGAUUUAGAGCUGGAAUCAGAAACUGUCCGAACGCAGCUGGAAGCUCAGAGAAACAUUAAGUUAAUGUUUCCUUCAGGCGUCAGAAACGGACCUUAUUUUUCACCGUUUUCUGACGUUCAUCCAGAAACAUAAAUCGACGAAAACGUGGCGUAAAUUUAACAAAAUGGAAAAUACAUAGACCCAAAAAAAUGACAUAAAUCAACUGAAAAUGGUGUAAGUCAGAAAAAAAUGAUAUAAAACGAUUCAAAUUUUAUGCAAAUCGACCAAAUUUGAUGUAAAUCAACCAAAAACUGACAAAUUUUGAAUAAAACGUGACGUAAACUGACCACAAUUUCAUGUAAAUUGACCAAAAAGUAACACAACUUGAAUAAAUUGACCAAAAAUUUAUAUAAAUCUACCAAAAAAUGAAAUAAUUUGAGGAAAACGUGACAUAAAACUACCAAAAUUUUAUAUAAAUCGACCAAAAUGUGACAUAAAUUGAAUGAGACAUGAUGAAAUCGACCAAAAUUUUGCGGAAAUCAACCAAAAAGUGACAUAAAUUGAAUAAACUGACCAAAAUUUUGUAGAAAUCGACCAAAAUGCGACAUAAAUUAAAGAAAACAUGACAUAAAUCGGCCAAAAAUUUACAUAAAUCGUCCAAAAAGUGACAAUUUGAAUAAAACGUGAUGUAAAUUGACCAAAAUUUCAUAUAAAUCAACCAAAAUGUGACAAAAAUUAAAUAAAUUGAUCAAAAUUUUACAUAAGUCUACCAAAAAUGACAUUAAUUGAAUAACUUGACCAAAAUUUCAUAUUAAUCAAACAAAAUGUGACAAAAAUUGAACAAGAUUUUAUAUAAAUCAACCAAAAAGUGACAGAAAUUGAAUAAAUUGAACAAAAUUUUAUAAAAAUCGACCAAAAAGUGAGUUAUAUUAGUAUAAUAUUUAAACAAAACGCGUUAUUUUGAAGAAAUGUUACGAUUUCGAGCUCAGUUUUCUGGAUGUUGUUAUAAUUUUGGUGAUUUCUGUCUGAGAUAAAUGGAGUUUUGGGGUUCGGAGGGUUAAUAGAAGACGAGAUUAAUGAAAAUCUCCCUGAAACUUGAGAUCUGUUUUCAUAUAUGUUCCAUAACGAAGCUUCUUUUUCUGAUUUGAUGUUUUUCUGGAAUCAUCAGAACAAACCUCUCAGAGUGGGAUUAAAACAAACGUCUGGUUAAAAAAAGAACAUUUCAGUCAUUUCAUCGUGUUUUCAUAUUUUAUUUGUUAAAAAUGUGCCUGAUAGUGUUUUUAUUUUCUCGUUUAUGAUUUCUGCCUGAAUUUCUGUAUUUAAAGGGUCAAAAACUUGACUAAAAGGCUGUAAAAACUAAAAAAGAAGAAGCAGAAGAGCAGGUUUGACGGAUUUGAUGCAUGAAUGAGUGAAUCGUGUCGUUUUUUGUGAUUAUUUCCUGUUUCUGGGGUAAAUACGGUGGAGGUGGAGCAACACGUGCCUUUAUUCUGAAAGAACUCAAGUGUCAGACUGAUUUUCUAUCUCGUUUUUAUGGUGUACAAUAAAACUACUUUUUAUUACGACAUUUUUCUAAGUGUAGAAUUAAAAUAAAGUCUUAAACACCUUG